AGAAUUAGAGUAUUAUGAGUUGUGAUAUUUCUUCUAAUAUCCCCAUUGGUUGUUGAGAAUAGCCCUACAGGAUUCACUCUUCUAUUUACUUCCAUCAUUGAGUUUUAUGCAUCUGACAAAUGGAUAAUUCUGUGAUGGAUGUGGAUGCUCCAGUAGCCAUUGAUGCAAUCUCUCAGCACCACUCAAUCAAGCCAUACAUUGAGAACCUGUACAGCAACAAUACCAAGAAAUGCUUCCAGGCUGUUGUAGAAUUGAAAAUUGCUGUGAUUGGCAGCCCAAAGAGCAAGGGAAAUGUCAUCAUGCAGGGAUGCGUGGCUCGGCUACUACAGAUCUUGCGAGCUCCUGACUUGGGCAUGUUGCUGAAGACAGAAGUGGUGACUGUGAUUAAUUCCUUAGCCAAGGGUCAGGCAGCGCAUGCUGCAUCUCUUGUGCAGGCCGGAGUCCUUCCUGUCUUGUGGGAGCAGUUGGAGGCAUGUGGUGUGAGCAACAUGCAAGAAAACACCUCACAGUUCUUCAACAGAGUAACAUUCUCAAAUAGUAACGACACGGGAAACAUAGAAGACGAGCUUAUUGACAUAAGAGGCAGCCCACAUACCAAUGACAAUAAUACCAAUGGUUCUGCUAAAGUCCCUCCUCCGCGCCGGAUCCGAAUACAGAAAGUUCUUGCAGGCUACACGCAAAUGUUGCUGUGCUGUCUUCGUUCCAUCUACAGACAAGGCUGCGUGCCACCUCCGCCGUCCUGGAACCUAAAGCUGCUCUCUACCCUCAUCAAACAUGGCUACACUCCGCCCACAAAUCAGGAGUGUGUUGCCAACAUUCUUGCCUACGCGUGUAAGAGCGCACCAAGAAUGCCUCGAGAGCGCCACAUCAGCGCCCUUCGCUUACGUAAUCAUCAUACCACUGCAUGCGAGGAGCAGCAGAAGCAGCUGGUGGAGGCGGGGGCCGGGCAGCUGGUGGCGUCCAUGUUGAGGUCUUCACUGACCACCGUACAACUGCCCGCCCUGCACUGUCUCGCAGCCCUCGCCAGAAACAACGACGCGGUGUCGGCGGAGGUGUCGCGUAUCCAGCACUGCGGCGUGCUGCUGCCAGACCGGCUGGUGGAGCUGCUCAACUGCUACACGGAGCCCGCCGUGCAGCUCGCCGCCGCCACGGCCCUCGUGUGGCUGCACAGGAGCGGAGCGCUCGUCCAAACUGACCCCAGAAUCAAACACAAGACGCUGCAGUGUCUG